AUGCUCCGGGUCUUCCGUCGGAAUGUGCCUCUACGCUGGACGAGAGGCUUCACAGCAACAAGUUUUAUCGUACGAGGAUAUGGAUCUACACGUGAUAUUGCCUCGGCCUAUCAACCAUCGCAGGUGGAACGACACUCCAACUCCGGAACUGUGCCUCAGUUCCUGGCUGAGAAUGGUCACAAAUUAGAAAUACCUUUUAAUCUGCUUCUACCCCCACCAAAUGUGACCGGAGAUCUUCAUCUGGGCCAUGCACUUACAUGCGCCGUACAAGAUGCUUUGGUAAGGCAAGCACGACUGACAGGAAAACGUGCGACUUGGAUUCCUGGCAUGGAUCACGCUGGUAUUGCGACACAAGUGGUCGUGGAGAAGCGACUGUUCAAUGAACGAAAGCUGACCCGACAUAGUCUCGGAAGAGAAAAGUUCCUGCAGGAAGUAAUGCGAUGGAAAGUGGAAAAGGAAGAAAGUAUCCGGAUGGCACUGAAGAAACUCGGUUGUUCGAUGGAUUGGAGCAAAGAAUAUUUUACAAUGGAUCCACAUCAGUCGGUAGCGGUGAAGGAAGCUUUUGUGCAGCUGUUUGACAAAGGCCUCAUAUACCGCGAUCACUCAUUAGUUAACUGGUCCUGUACGUUGGAGUCAGCCAUUUCGGACGUGGAGGUAGAGAAUGUAGAAAUUGAAGGUCCCACAGAAGUGUCCGUACCGGGAUACGAUAGAAACAUUACCUUCGGCCGAAUGGUAGACAUAGCGUACAAGGUGCAAGGAUCGACUGAAGAGAUCGUCGUUUCGACCACACGUCCGGAGACAUUUCUCGGCGAUGUUGCUGUUGCCGUGCACCCGGACGAUGGACGGUAUUCUCAUCUGCGAAACAAAGUCACCUUCCUGUGGCAUCCCGUACGGAAGGAGGAAAUUCCGCUCAUCUUCGACAGUGCGGUCGAUCGUUCGUUUGGGACGGGUGCGGUCAAGAUAACGCCCGCGCACGACCGGUUUGACUUUGAGAUGGCGCGUCGCCAUCAUCUGGCAACGGUCGAGGUCAUCGAUGAACGCGGAAUUGUGCAGCAACAUUUCGGACCUUUCACAGGUUUGCCUCGUUACGAAGCUCGUGAAAGAUUGAUGGACUACCUGACGAAACUUUCGUUAGUGCGUAGUGUAAGGUCGCACACGAUGAUUUUACCACUAUGCUCGCGAUCCAAAGAUGUUGUGGAGCUUCUACUACGACCACAGUGGUUCAUAAGAUGCCGAGAAAUGGCACAACGCGCCAUGGCAGCAGUACAGGAUAACAAUCUGGUGAUAGUUCCCAAAACGUUCGAAAGAGAGUGGUUCCGUUGGUUAGAAAAUUGCCACGAUUGGUGUAUAUCCAGGCAGCUCUGGUGGGGCCACCGUAUCCCGGCGUAUAUUAUUCGCCACGAAACUACAAAGGAACUGUGGAUAGCGGCUCGUUCUAUAGAGGAAGCUCGGGAAAAAUGUGCUGCGAUGCUACCAAAUAUCCCGCAGGAUGCAAUAUCCAUCGAGCAGGAUCACGAUGUACUAGAUACAUGGUUUUCCUCGGCUUUGUUACCAUUUUCGUCUACGGGAUGGCCCGGAAAGCUUUCCACCGAGUUUUAUCCCCUACAGCUGAUGGAAACUGGACAUGAUAUACUAUUUUUUUGGGUUGCACGUAUGGUAAUGCUUGGUCAAGAACUAACAGGAAAGCUACCCUUCGGAAACAUACUGUUACACGGGAUAAUUUGCGAUGAGUUCGGUAGGAAAAUGUCCAAAAGCUUGGGAAACGUGAUAAAACCGGACCAUGUGAUAUAUGGCAUUUCGCUGGAUAAACUAGAAGCAGAAGCAGAAGCGUCAUACCGGCAAGGCAUUUUAUCGAAGCACGAGCUAUCCAAGUCAGUUGCUGGGCAGCGCAAAACGUUUCCCAAGGGUAUACCGGAAUGUGGCAUAGAUGCGUUACGUUUUACGCUGUGCUCUUCGAAUGUAAAGAAUCACUUUAUACACUUUAACGUUCAGGAAGCGUACACAAACAAGCUGUUUUUUAACAAAAUUUGGCAAGCAACACGAUACACGUUCGGAUGUACGGAACGUUUUGGUGUUUCUAACGGUUUGGAUUUGCGAAAAGAAGCGAAUCAGUUAACGUUGAUGGAUCGUUGGAUAUUAAGCCGGCUAGGAAAUACGGUACAACAGUGUGGAGAAGCGUUUGAAGGAUAUAAUUUUCAUUUGGCAACGGCUGCGUUAAAAACGUUUUUCUACAGCAACUUUUGUGAUGUAUAUUUGGAAGCGACCAAAAUCAACACGAAACCUGAUGGUUCUUCUAUGGUUGCAACGUUACAUUGUGCCGUGUUAAGGUACUGUCUCACAGUAGGUCUAGUUCAAAUGGAACCUUUUACUCCAUACCUGGCACAGGAGCUGUUGCAGCAUUUAUCUCCAUCGAGCACGUUGCGGGACGAUUGGGCUGGCGCCAUCAGUUGGAUAGAUCCGAUGCUCGAGGAAAGCAUUGACGGUAUGCUGCAUAUAUGUCAACAGAUUAGGCAAUUGAAAAAUGAACACAAUCCACCGAUCGUACGGAAGCAUAAUCCGAUCGUGCACGUACACACUAAAGCACAGGACCUUGCCGGGUUGUUGCAAACUCAACAGGACACGGUGCAGCAGUUAACACACUGCAAUGGGAUCAUUCUACAUACAGACGAACGGGCAUUCAGCAAAGCACAAUUCGUUGUGAAAUGUGCACCAAGCCAUAACUGUAUUGUUGGCAUUGUGGCUGAAUUGAUGGAUGCGACAGUGGGCCUAGGAAAAGCUGCUGGGGAAGGUAGCAAAAAGAUGCUAGCAAAAGUAGAUGCAGAAAUAGAGAAGCUGCUGACAACUAUCGGUAAUGAAGGAUACAAAAAAUCGGCCAGCGAAAUUGUACAAAAACGACACCAGGAAAAGCUUAUCCGGUUGCAGCAGCAAAGAGAAGAGAUGUUAAAAAUAACGUCCUAA